AUGAGUGGUUUUUUCAAGUAAAAGCAACUAAAUGAAUAUGAAUUUAAAACUCCUAAAAAGGUUUAAUAGUAAUAAUAGGAAAAUAUCUAGACGAUAGAAGAAUUUGGAUUAAAAGAUUCUCCUUUACAAUUCCAAAAUAAAUCAAUAUAAACUUUAAAGAACGAAUAAAAAUUGGAAGAAAAAGUAAACAAAAUAAUCAGACGAAUCAAAUUUGAUGAUGACCAGCUAGUCAUUAAGAAAGAUUAAUCCAUUUUUAGAUAAAAAAGAACAACCAAUAAGGAGUAUAAAGUCAAUUCAUCCUACACUUUGGAUUUGAUAAAUUCAAUAGAGAUAAGAAGAGACAACGUCAUAGUAAAUAAAUUAGAGAAAGUACAACCCUCAGAUCAUUUAUAAUAAUAAUAUUAGAAUAUUAGGAAUGAAUCAAUUACAUGUAGAUGUAAAAAAACUAAAUGUAUAAAAUAUUAUUGUGAAUGCUUUUAAUAUGGAUAAGAAUGUUCAUUUAAGUGUGAAUGCACCGGAUGUUGCAAUAAAUAAGUAAAAUAAUCAAGUGGUAAAAUGUAAUUGGUAAGCCCUACAAUUGAAUUUUAAGGAUGUAAAUGUCAAAAAUAAAAUUGCUCAAAGAAAUACUGUGAAUGUCUCAAAAGAAAUCAAAGAUGUACAGACCUAUGCAAAUGUAUAGAUAAUUGUAGCAACUAGCUUCAUUAAAUUAAACCUUAAAUAUUAGAUUUUAGCUAAUUAUUAAGUCAAUUUGAAGAUAGGACUUGA